AUGCCAGGGUUCUCUUUCCCACCGGGCUUCACAAUUCCCACCCCGCGUCUCCAAAUCAGCCCCUUCAACCCCACCGACCCUACCCACUGCGCCUUCUUAGUCCAACUUUGGAAUACAGACGAUUUUAUCAGCUCCUGUGGGAAAACCGGAAUCACCACGCUAGAGAAAGCAUUUUCAUUCCUUCAAGGCAGAGUCUCGGAGCACUACGCCUACCAUGGCUAUGGCAUGUUCCUAGUCUCGCGACAGACCGAUGACGGCAUGAAGCUGAUCGGCACUGUAUCGCUCAUGAGGGGGAUUCCACCAGGCCCACAUUAUCUUGCCCCAGAUAUUGGGUUUGCCAUGUUGCCCGAAGAAGGUCGCAAGGGGUAUGCGACCGAGGCGGCAAAGGGUCUUUUGGAGUAUGCAAAUGGGACUCUUGGUGUGGAUGCUGUGUUUGGAUUCUGUUCUCCUGUGAAUCAGCGGAGUCGGGGCGCUCUAGAGAAGAUUGGGAUGGAGUUUAGGGGGGUGAGACCUUUGAAGGUUUUUGGUGGAGGGGAUAAUGCUGUGUAUGUUUUGCCGGGGAUGAGUGAUGACUUGAGUGUUUAUAAUCUUGACUGA